UCCGUCCGUAGACAAAGUUAGCCAGUCUUUGCCGACUUCUUUCUUUGGUGCGACCAACAUUAAGCCCUGUUAGUUACUCUGCACGGCCGUACGUCCGCUUUGCUUCACCUAAUAAGUAAAUAAGAAGUCAGCGCGACGCCUUAUAUGAAAGUAGCGACAGUAAGAAGGCUGGAGAGAAGCUGCAUGGAGCUCGUUGUAUAGCUUAGCCAAGCCUUCUCUAUCAGAGACUCUGUUGUGUUCUUGUGUCCGGAAGUUCUGCUGGGAAAAAAGUAAGAAAGGCAUGAAAAAGAGUAGCUGGAGGAAAUUUCUGAGAAAUUUGCUCGGAGCACACUGAAACACCGUUUGGUGUCUCGCCGAGGAGGCAGAGAAGGCGUCGUGCUGUUGUUCUCUCGUAAUUAGCGGCGUGUAUUAAUCUAGCGAUGGGUCUGCCGACGCUGGAGUUCAGUGAUUCUUUCCUGGACAGCCCGGAUUUCAGAGAGCGGCUGCAGUGCCAUGAAAUAGAGUUGGAGCGAACCAACAGGUUCAUAAAAGACCUCAUCAAAGAUGGAAACAUGCUCAUAUCUGCCCUUAAAAGUCUUUCUCUUGCUGUACAGCGAUUCUCACAGUCUCUGCAGGAGUUUCAGUUUGAAUGCAUUGGAGAUGCAGAGACUGAUGAUGAGGUCAAUAUAGCCCAGUCUUUAAAGGAGUUCUCUCAGCUCUUAAGCACCAUGGAAGAGGAGAGAAAACGUCUGAUCCAAAAUGCUGAUGAUGUUUUGAUCUCACCACUCGAGAAGUUUCGGAAGGAACAGAUUGGAGCUGUAAAGGAGGAAAAGAAGCAAUUUGACAAAGAAACAGAACGGUACUACUCUGUCCUGGAGAAACACCUCAGUCUGUCUUCCAAAAAGAAGGAGUCCCAGCUGCAAGAGGCUGACUCACAGAUGAGUAAAGACAGGCAGAUUUUUUAUGAUGCGUCUCUCCAGUAUGUCUUCAAGAUCCAAGAAGUGCAGGAGAGAAAGAAGUUUGAAUUUGUAGAGCCGCUUUUAGCCUUCCUUCAGGGGUUGUUUACAUUUUACCAUGAGGGAUACGAGUUGGCCUCUGAGUUUGAACCCUAUAAGCAGCAGCUUCAGUUUAAUCUGCAAAAUGCUCGCAAUAACUUUGAAAGUACACGCGCCGAGGUUGAGAGGUUGAUGAAGAGGAUCAGAUCUGCAGAAGAGGACUUCAAAGCGCCCAGCUGCUUUACCAUGGAGGGAUAUCUGUAUAUACAGGAGAAACGUCCACUGGGAAGUGUGUGGACCAGAUACUACUGUACUUAUGAAAGGAGCUCCAAGAUGUUCACCAUGAGCAACACAGAGAUCAGACCAGCCAGCAGACAGAACGGCGUGGUGCACAAUACACCAGAGAUGUUUAGGCUGCGCUCGUGCGUUCGAAGGAAGACCGAUUCAAUAGACAAACGCUUCUGCUUCGACAUCGAGGUGGUGGAGAGACAGGGUGUGAUCACCCUGCAGGCGCUUUCAGAGGCCAACAGACGGCUGUGGAUGGAGGCAAUGGAUGGGAAGGAGCCUAUAUACACUCUGCCAUCAUUGCUCAGUAAAAAAGAAGAGACAUUUCUAAAUGAGGCAGGCUUCAAAUUUGUUAAGAAGUGUAUCGAGCUGGUUGAAGCGAGAGGCAUUACAACUCUUGGACUCUACAGGACAGGAGGAGUGAAUUCUAAGGUCCAGCGGUUGAUGACGAGUGUGUUUGCUUCUACAGCUGCCUCUGACAUGCAGCUGGAGGCAGAUGCCUGGGACACCAAGACCAUAACUAGUGGCCUCAAGGAUUACUUCAGGUGCCUGGCAGAACCACUGCUGACUUACAGGCUGCAUAAAGACUUCAUCAGGGCUGCAAGAUAUGAUGAGCUGAACCACAGAGUGAGAGCCAUUCAUGCUCUUGUACACAAGUUACCAGAAAAAAACAGAACAAUGUUGGACCUCUUAACCAACCAUCUCCUUAAGGUGUCCUCUCACAGCAACGAAAAUAUGAUGACUGUGUCCAACCUGGGAAUGAUCUUCGGUCCCACUUUGAUGAGGUCCCAGGAGGAGACAGUGGCUGCUAUGAUGAACAUCAAGUUUCAGAACAUUGUGGUGGAGAUUAUUAUUGAAAACCAUGACAAGAUCUUCAGUGAGGCCCCAGACCUGUCAGUGCCGUUGCCUCAGGCUCCAUCCUCUCGGUCGACUCCCCGCAGGAGCAAGGCCAUCUGUCUGUCAUCUGGAAAGAGACGAGCCCGCCUUUACCCUCCUGCUCUCUGCCUGGCAGACAAUGACAGUGAUACAUUCAGUAGCAGCUCCAGCACGACUCCGAUGGGCAGCCAGGAGUCUCUGUCCUCACACUCCUCUGAAAAGAACGGAUUGUCUCAAACUUCACCUCCGUCCUCUCCUGCUGCUGAGCCCAGCUCACCCUCGUCAAAACAAUCCUCUCCUGCUGCAGCUUCCUCUUGCUCACUGCCACAAAACGGUAAAGGUCAGAAACCCCCGACAGACAGUGCCUCCUCCCCCCACCUCCUGCCUUCUGCAUCCUGGACAUCCACUCAGCUCACUCCAACUCAGCAGACGUCCUCUGUCUCCUCCUCCACAUCCUCUUUACUUUCUGCUGUGGAGAAGUCUAUCAAAAGGAACUCAGUUGACUCCUUGGCUUCUGGGAAAGAGUCAAGAUCUCCCUCCAGAGCCUCCACAUCCACCUCCUCUGCCCAGAACUCGUCAGUAGAGCGCGCCUCCUCGCUCAGGGAGGCUGGACCAGUUCAGAGGGUGGCGUCUGUCUCCUCUCUGAAAAGCACCCAUUCGGUGGAUGGAAGAAAUGCACCCAGUGUCACUGUCACAGACACCAAAGUGUCCGAUUCUACCUCUCCUCGGCAGCUUAGAACUGCUUACAGAACUGCCUCCUCCUCAUCGUCCUCCUCCUCUUCACUGUUUCCCUACCGGCUUUCCACGUCUUCCUCUCUCACCUCCCUACACAUCUCUGAGGAUUACAAAAGCUGUCACGGAUCGGUGCAGAGUCUCAUGUCGCUGGACCCACAGGAGGCUACGCACAUGCGUAAAAGUUCACGCAUCCGCUGUGGCUCUGAUCUGACCUCGAAACACUCUGUGUCCAGCAAUGGUUAUCAGAGACCUGGAUCACUAUUAUCAGCGAGACUGCCGCAGCGCGAAAGUUCAAUAUUCUCCUCAGCGUUAGACGUGUGUUCCACUGGAAGGGACGCUAAAGCUCUUUACUCCUGUGAAGCAGAACACAGCCAUGAACUCAGUUUUCCACAGGGGGCGCUGUUCUCAAAUGUGUGCCCGUCGGUGGAACCAGGAUGGCUUCAAGCAACAUACAAUGGCAGAACAGGCCUGGUACCUGAAAACUACAUCACGUACAUGUGAUGUUCCUGAUCAUGUCACCACAUCACUGAAACAUGGAUUUUACUUGGACUUUGCUGAUCUCCAGUGCAUAAAGUUCUGCUUUGUGCUGCUGAUUAAAGAUAUAAUAUAUUUAUCAUGUAACUGUGACUCUUAUCACUGACUACUGUGGCAGGAUAUGAACAAUAUGUAUACUGUAUGUAACCAUGUUAUGCUUUAUUAACCAUCUUAUCAUACACUAGAUGGUAAUAUUUGACUAAUGUCUGAUCGUUUCUACUAAUCGCCAUUAUCAGCUCCUUUUUUGAGGAUGCCACCUUUAGAUUAAAUGUGUCAAAUAGGUACAUGGAAACAGUGUUUUUCUAUCAGUUUUGGUAAUUUAUAUGUUUAAUUAAAACUACGUUAAGAUUAGAAAUGAAGUGUUCACACCACUGUGCCUUAAAACUGUAUGAACUGCUGGUCUGAAUCCUGCCAAAACAUCUUUUUUUCCUGCUGGCUCAGUCAGUUUGCUGUUUUAAUAAAUACUUUUGCUAAAAAAUAAGGUUUAAUCUGUAGAUUGAGGUGACACUUAUUAUUACAAUGCAUGUUUCUUAUUUUGCAUUUUCAGUUUACCAGGUUUUGAUUAUGUACUACUUUUAAUAACUAUUGUCUUGAUAGCUUUAAGUAUAUUUUUAAUAAAUGUGUAGGAAAUAAGAAAUGUAAAUUAUAUCGACACAAAAGGAAACUUGUGUAUCUGCAACACUGUGCAAAAGUCUUGAGCCAUCCUUCAGUUCUUUAUAUUUUACUGGGAAAAAUAGGAAUAGGUUCGAUGAGAUGUGUGCAAACUUGCAUGUAAAUAUUGAGUCAUUGGCAAAAACAGAGUUUGUACUAAUAAGCUUGAAAGUUAAUAUUUGGUACAGACACCUUUAUUCUUCAACAUAGCCUGACCUCUUGUAUUCUUCAGGAAUAGAAGACUGCUUAAAUAGCCAAAGCUUGUCUUCGGAUGUUGCUGCCUUUUGUUCCAUUCUCUGUCAUGAUGAUCCCACAGUAGUUCAAUAAUGCACCAUCACUGA